AGUAAGGUAUCAGUUCGUGAAUCACAUUCGAUUUGAUUUGACAAGCUUCACUAUGAAAUUCGCAUUGUGCCAAUUACCUGUAGGCCAAGAUCCUACCACCAAUGUCAAUCAAGCUGUUGAAGCCAUCAAGCAGGCUAAGGCAAAGAACCCUGACUUGAAAGUUGUCGUCUUACCUGAGUGUUUCAAUGGCCCCUAUGGAGAAGAAUACUUUGCUCAAUACGCCGAAAAAGUUCCUCAAGGUCCAACCUGUCAGGUGCUCUCCAAACUGGCCAAGAGCCUUGGUCUCUACAUAAUUGGUGGAACCAUCGUCGAACAAGCUGAUGGAGGUGAUUUGUACAACACUUGCACCGUUUGGUCUCCCGAGGGCAAGCUAAUUGGCAAGCACCGCAAGAUGCAUUUGUAUGACAUUAACAUCACCUCCGCUGAACCCGUUGGAAGCAGCAGCUUCCAUGAAUCGUCAGCUCUUAAGCCAGGCAACGAGUUCACUGUGGUCGAAAUUGAAAACCGAAAAUUCGGAAUUGGCAUUUGUCACGAUAUUCGCUUCGAAGAAUUGGCCCGAAUCUAUCGCAAGGAAGGGUGUGACAUGAUUGUGUACCCAGCAUGCUUCUGCUAUAAGCAAGGCCCAGUUCAAUGGGAGUUGUUGCAGAGGUCCCGUGCCAACGAUAACCAACUUUUCGUGGCAGCAGUUGGACCGGCUCGUGAUGAGAACGCUGCUUUCAUUUCGUAUGGACACUCGAUGGCUGUAGAUCCAUGGGGCAGAGUAAUGUGUGAGGCUGGAGAAAAACGCGAAAUUGUAAUCAUUGAUAUUGAUUUCUCGAUGGUGGAUGAAGUUCGCAAGCAAAUUCCGAUAUUUGAGCAAAGGCGUACUGAUUUGUACGAUACCAUCAAGAAGCAUUAAAUGAAAUGGAAUUGAAUUGAAUGAAUUGAUGUGCAAGCUAACUGGAGCAAUAUUUGUGUAAUCAAUUGACGUUUAUUUGAAUAAAUGCCAAAAUGCAAUUACUCAAUUUUGCAAAAUGAUGGAAA